UCGGGUCAACUCGGCUACAAUCGGCUCGGCUCGGGUCGGUGGGGGGGGUGUGUGUGUGAACGGAGCGCAGCGCGCAUGCGCAGUGCGCGGCGGCGCCGCCAUGAAUCCCCUGACGAAGGUGAAGCUGAUCAAUGAGCUGAACGCGCGGGAGGCGGAGCUGGGCGUGCAGGAGGCGGUCUCGUGGCACGCGGAGUACAAGGACAGCGCCUGGAUCUUUGUCGGUACGGGCCGGGAGCGGAGCGGAGCAGGGCGAGUGUGUUGCAGGUACGGGGAGGUCGUUAACAUUAACCUGGUGCGGGACAAGAAAACUGGGAAGUCCAAAGGCUUCUGCUUUCUGUGCUAUGAGGACCAGAGGAGCACCAUUCUCGCUGUCGACAACUUCAAUGGGAUCAAGAUCAAAGGAAGGACCAUUCGAGUAGACCACGUGGCCAACUACCGGCCCCCCAAAGAGUCCGAUGACUUAGAUGAUGUCACCAAAGCCCUCCAUGCAAAGGGCUGUGGAGUUAAAACGCCGCCUCAUUCGUCAUCUGAAUCCCUCUCAGAAGAUGACGAUGUGUCUGUAAAAAAGCAGAAAGCUAAGGAGAAAAGCCAUCGGGAGCGGCCGGAGCAGGGCUCGCAGGCUGCCAAGAGGGGGGUGUCCCCUGAGGAGGCACACCCCAGAAUCAAGAUCAAGAAGGAGAAGGAGGACCCGGCCUACGAGCGCUACGCCGGCAGCAGCCAGCAGCCCAGCAAGGGCUCCGAGAGGAAGGGUGGGAGCAGGACACAGCGCCGGGAGGAGGAGCGGAGACACCAGAGGCCCUCGGAGAGGAGAGGGGAGAAGGGCUGCCAGGAGCAGCGGGGACAGAGCGGUUCCUGGGAGGAGAGGAGAGAGGAGCCGGGCAGGAGGGGCGAGGGGCACGGCAGCCGGCGGGAGGAGCGUCCCGAGGGAGGCAGAUCCCGGGAGCGCGGCUCCGGGAGAGGCUCCAGCCGCUGCUGAGCCCAGGAACCAGCACUUUGGGAGCCAGGAGAAGCCCUGGGCUUGUCCAAAAAUCCUGUUCCGAGCCUCCCUGUGCCUCUGGCAGCCGGACUGUUCUCCUCCAGCACCUUCACCACGGAUUCUCAUUCCAUCCCUGGAAGGAGUGGCUGCGGAAUGGGAUGCAAGUCCUGUUCCCUCCUUCAGCCCUUCCGAGGACGCUCCGCCAUGACGAGAGGGACGGUCACUGGGAGCCGCAGGUUGCUCUCCUUCCCCAAAACACCCCGAUUUCCCCUAUUUUCACCCCAAUUUCUUUCACCAAGCGAGGAGAGAUUCUCCGUAAUUCUGUGAGGCGGGUGGGUGUCUCCCCUCGACCUGGUGGAUCCCCAGAGCUGCGUCGGGCCUUGUUUUGUUUUAAUUACCUCAAUAAAAGCCAAGCAGAGGAUGGUC